AUGGGUUUUCGUGGAGUGGCUUUCCAACUCAUGUUGGCGGAAAUGCUACUGACAGCAACACUAGUAUCCUCUCUAUCCAAGCCUGGCUGUGAUGCUCUCUGUGGAGACCUUGAAAUCCCAUAUCCAUUCGGCACAAGCCUUAAUUGUUCCCUAAAUAAAGAUUUUCUGAUCGCUUGCAACCAUUCUUCCACUCCUCCCAAAGCACUUUAUAGGAAUGAAUCAGAUAUUCCUGUUACCAAAGUUAACAUAACCACCGGUCAACUACACAUCAGCAGCUUCAUAUCACGAAGGUGCCAUCCUAGUACGAAGGCCAAUUCGCCCUGGUACAACUUGCCUGACUUCCUCACCGUCUCUAACACAGAAAACAAGUUCACAGUUAUCGGCUGUAACAGUUAUGCUUACAUUCGAGGUCAUAUCGAUGAUCGCAAUUAUAAAACCGGGUGCAUUUCGUUAUGUGAGAAUAUUAGCUAUGUGGACGAGGGAUCUUGCACAGGCACGGGGUGUUGCCAGAUAGAUAUUCCUAAAGGGCUAAAAAGAAUCAAUUAUACUGCAUAUAGCUUUAACAAUGUGAGUCAGACAAAUAUUCCGGACAUCAGACGAUGCACCUAUGCGUUUGUUGCUGAACAAAGCAAGUUCAAAUUCAAACCCAGUUAUAUUUUUGAUAAUUUAACAGAAAACUUUCCUAUGGUGCUUGAUUGGGCUAUAACUGGGAAUGCCAAAUGUGAAGAAUGCAAAGAAAACACAGAGUGUGAAACUACAGAGGACGGUUCCAGGUAUCGCUGCAAGUGCAAAACGGGUUACGAAGGGAAUCCAUACCUUUCCAAUAGUUGCCAAGACAUUAAUGAAUGCGACUAUCCAGAUCUCCAUAAGUGUACAGAGAGUCAAUCAUGUAUAAAUAACGAUGGGAGUUAUACAUGCAGUUGCCGGGAGGGGUACGAGCGAGAUGAAAUAAACGGUUGGGAAGGUUGUAAUCCCAUCCCGCCCAAUGAAUUUCCAGUCGUCAAGGUCGCUAUGGGUGUUGGCAUAUUUUUUGUGGUUCUGCUUGUGAGUAGCACUUGGCUAUACUUGGUUUUGAAGAAGAGAAAGCUCAUCAAACUUAAAGAAAAGUUCUUUCAGCAAAAUGAUGGCUUUCUUUUACAGCAGCAACUCUCCAAACGAAGUGGAUCUUCUGAAACAGCAAAAAUCUUUACAGCAGAAGAACUCAAAAAAGCUACCAACAACUAUGAUGAGAGUAGAAUCAUUGGCCGGGGAGGUUUUGGCACAGUAUAUAAAGGUUUUUUAACAGAUAAUACCCCAGUUGCCAUAAAAAUGUCCAAAACAAUAGAUGAAAGCCAAAUUGAGCAAUUUGUUAAUGAGGUGGUUGUGCUCUCACAAAUCAACCAUAGAAAUGUGGUCAGGCUUUUGGGUUGUUGUUUGGAGACUGAAGUCCCUUUACUAGUUUACGAAUUCGUGAGCAAUGGCACCCUCUUUGAGCACAUUCACGAUAAAGACAAGGCACCCACCAUUUCAUGGGAAAUACGUCUAAGAAUAGCAGCAGAAACAGCAGGAGUGCUAUCCUAUUUGCACUCAGCUGCUGCUACUCCAAUUAUACAUAGAGAUGUCAAGUCCACCAAUAUACUUUUAGACCAUAACUUCACAGCCAAAGUGUCUGAUUUCGGAGCUUCAAAGUUGGUUCCAAUUGAUGAAACUCAAUUAUCCACAAUGGUUCAGGGAACUCUUGGGUACUUAGACCCUGAAUAUUUGCAUACUAGCCAAUUGACUGAGAAAAGUGAUGUGUACAGUUUUGGUGUUGUCCUUGCAGAGCUAUUGACAGGAAAGAAGGCACUUUUGUUUGACAGGCCAGAGGAGCAGAGAAGCCUGGUUAUGUAUUUUCUUACUUCAUUGCAAGAGGGUUGUUUAUUUGAAAUUCUGGAGAAUUAUAUCGUGAACGAUGGAAAUGAAGAGCAGCUCAAGGAAGUGGCUGAGUUAGCAAAAAUAUGCUUAAAAGUGAAGGGAGAGGAGAGGCCUACAAUGAGGGAAGUAGCAAUGGAAUUAGAUGGAUUAAGAAUGAUGCAUAAACAUUCGUGGGUUAAUACAGAAUUGAAUCCAGAGGAGACAGAGCACUUGCUCCGCGAUACCUCAGAUGUUUAUAAAUGUGCCGAUGGUAGCAGCACAAGUGCCGGGUAUGACAGUAUCAAAGACCAUGUACUGGUGGUGUUCGACGAUGGGAGAUGAUUAUUGCUGCAUGUUUUUAGUGAUUCUGUGUCUUUUGCUGCGGACUUCAACAUAACAUUAGCAGGAACUGAAUUUCCUUCUGUUAAAACUCCAAUAGUUUGUCAAUUGGUUUAGCAACUUGUCAUCUGCAAGUCAUGUUAAAUUGUGAUUAUUGAUUUUAUAACUCCCCUGUAUUACAUAUGAAAUUCUGUCGUUCUGCUAAGUUUCUUUUACAUAAACUGAGUAAAAAGAAACCUUGAUACUACUAUCCAUCAAUGUGUAACUUGACAAUGUUACAGAAAUGAAUC